UGGAUGAGAUGAAGCUGAUAUCAGACGCAUAACUGGUGACUCAUUCGACUCUGGAGGUGGUGGUGAUGCCUUGCAAACUGCAUGGGUUGCUGCAUGGCCAGCAUGGAUGAAUGCGGAAUGAAUUCAUCUCGUCCAGGUUUGGAGUCGAUUCGACACUAGUUUUUUUUCUCAUCUCAUCUCAUCCAUGAAGUGAUCGUCCUGAGUAUCCAUGAAUCAGGAUAAUAAUAAUAAUACCACAGUAUCUCGUGCAUCUCCACUGCGAUCUUCUCUUGCUGAUCCCCACCGACUCUGUCUGUCUGCUGACACUAGUCGGUGCCUGCUUUUAUCUUCACCUCUGUUUGUUUUCGCUUCUCCUCUUCUCCUUCUCGCUUCGCCUUUGCAAUUCCUUCUCGAGGCAUGCGCCUUUGACUUCUUUAUCAUCUUCUAUCAUUUUUUCUUUUUUCUUUUCUAUUCCUCCAUUAAUCCCUCGAUCCUCAUUCCCCGCAAUGCUGGAAAAACCGGCAAGGCUGCCGGUCCAGCAGCUGGUCAUUCUGUCAAUAUGUCGUUUCGCAGAGCCUGUCGUUCUGACUUCCAUCCUGCCAUAUCUUCCUGAGAUGAUCUCGUAUGUCGGUGUCCAAAAGGACGACAUAGCCAAAUGGGUCGGCAUCACCUCGGCUGUCACAGCUGCUGCCCAGGCCGCCAUGGCCGUCCCCUGGGGCACAGCGUCCGACUAUAUGGGCCGCAAACCUAUCAUCCUGCUCGGAUUAACCUGCACUAUGGUCUUCUCCGUCCUCUUCGGUUUCUCGCAGAAUCUGCCCUGGUUAAUCGUUUCCCGUGGACUUCUUGGCUUCAUGAACGGAAAUGUCGGCAUCAUUCGGACCAUGGUCGCGGAGAUGGUUCCUCACAAGGAGCUGCAGCCUCGUGCAUUUAGUAUAAUGCCAUUGGUGUGGACGCUUGGGGGCAUCUUCGGUCCUGCUUUCGGGGGUGCUUUGGCGCGUCCGGCGGAGAAACAUCCGGAACUCUUUGGUGAUUCGGAGUUUUUGAAAAAGUUUCCUUUUGUAUUGCCGAAUUUGGCCUCAGCAUGUAUCUUUAUCGUCGGAAUUGCGACUGGGUUUCUCUUCUUGAAGGAAACAUUAAAGUCAAAGAAAGAUCGUCCGGAUUACGGUCUUGCGCUGGGCCAGCUGCUGAUUAGCCCGUGCACUGGACAGAGGAGGGAGAACAACCCCAGGGUAGAGGACGACGAAAGGAGAGCUUUACUCGGUGAUGGAAACGGCCUUGCUGCUCAGAAUGGACACAAAAAGCAGGCCAAACGACCCGUUUGGAGGCAGAUUUUUACUCCACAAUCGAAUCUGGUGUUGUUGGCCUAUGCAUUACUGGCAAUGCACACUUUCGCAUACGACUCGUUACUCCCUGUGUUUCUAUAUUAUCCCGUUCAGGAAAUUGACGGUAACCCGGAUGUGCACCUGCCAUUCAAAUUUGUCGGAGGAUUCGGUGUGGAUUCCCAAACAAUUGGUAUCUUCUACGCUAUAAUCGGUAUAAUCGGAAUGGUCACCCAGUUCCUCGUCUUCCCCGCAGUUGCCAAACGCUACGGCGCUCUUAAAUGCUCAAAAGCCAUCUCGCUCAUAUAUCCCGUCUUAUACCUUGUGACGCCAUUUACGGCUCUCGUCCCGGCCUCACUUCGCAAAUUCAGCGUCUUUCUGGUCAUGCUGACCAAGCUGGCUGCGUCCAUCUUCGCCUUCCCUUGCAUCACCAUUCUCCUCACCAACUCCGCCUCGAGUCUUAGCGUUUUGGGGACUUUGAACGGAGUAGGAACCAGCGUCAGUGCAUUGGGACGAGCCGCCGGGCCUGCCAUUGUCGGUUGGGCCUUUUCAUUUGGUGUAAAGAGGGGAUAUGUCAUUAUCCCAUGGUGGACUCUGUGCCUUAUUGGUGCUAUCAGUGCGAUUCCCGUCUUCAGUAUUAAGGAGACGGAUGGCUUUGAGGAUAAAGAUGACGAAUCUGAGGAAGACCAGCCGCAAGAGUCCGAGAAUGGAUCCAAUGGCGGUACUUACGGGGCCGUUUCAAACGGUCGAUCUUGAUCGAUAUGAACCAUACUGAUAUAUAUGGCAAGGUCAUGUGACGACUUAUAUAUGAACAACGAACAGUCGUUGAUGAGCAAAAAUUUCGAUGAACAAAAGUUGGCGUCUAGCGUGUUAUGUGUUACUCUUGACGAGACGAAUUUUGGAUUUAUAAUAAUAAGACUCAAGAUGAGAUACGACGAUAUGAUAGACUUUCAACCAGAUUGUACUAAACAUAAAAUUAGCUUGAGCAACUAUCUAAAAUAUGAAAAUUAGUUUAAUUCGAGG